UAGAGGGUCAUCCGUGAGCGAGUUACCGGCAGGUGUCGAUGAGCUUGUUUAUCCUCAGCGGAGAAAGGAGAGGUGUUUACGCUCCUCGCUAUAGCCGUGGAAGAAGAAGGGACUGCUGUCGUAAAUAUGAAAGGGGAGCUUUCUGAUAAAGAGCAAUUUCGAUGAAAGAACUGUCUGCUCUGGUUUAUAGAGGCAGACACCAUGAACUACGUGGGUCAGUUGGCUGGACAGGUACUGGUCACUGUCAAAGAGCUGUACAAGGGCAUCAACCAAGCCACGCUGUCCGGCUGCAUAGAUGUGGUGGUGGUCCGUCAGCCCGAUGGGUCCUUUCAGUGCUCCCCCUUCCACGUCCGCUUCGGCAAGCUGGGGGUCCUCCGAUCGCGAGAGAAAGUGGUGGACAUAGAGGUCAAUGGAGAGCCAGUGGACCUGCAUAUGAAACUUGGUGAGAGUGGCGAGGCCUUCUUUGUGCAGGAGGCAGAACAGCACAAUGAGACCAUUCCUGCCCAUCUGGUCACCUCCCCCAUCCCAACAGAGGACCCGGGGUUCUGGGGCCAUGACGCACGUGUGAUGGGGUCCUGUGUGGAAGGAGGACCAACAGACGAGCUGAUAGGCAGCUCGGGGGUGAAGAAGAGGAGGAAGAGGAGGAAGAAGCAUAAAGCAGACCUGCGCAAGGAAGAGAUUACUGUAAGCACCAACAGCGAUGCUGAGAUGGACAAAGACAAGAGCUCUGAGGAUGACAACCACAUAUACACUGGCCGACCCCUAUCACUGUGUGCGGUGAAGGACUCGGCCAUAGAGCACAGGCACCCCUCAUUGGUCUCUCAGGACAGCUAUCCGUCAUCAGACGGUGACUGGAUGCCCUCUAACAGGAGUCAGUCGGAGCCGAAGAGUGACUCUGAGCUGAUGGUCAGAUCUCCACAGAGCAUGCAUGGAGCAGACGCUCACAUGCAGUGGACCUGGGGCGAGUUUCCAGAGUCCACCAGGGUGAGCCGCAGAGAGAGGUCUGAGUCCCUGAAGACGGUCACCAUCACCCCCUCAGAGACUACACACUUCCGGGUCAUUCUCAGCUCCAGUGCCAUGGCAACCUCCACAGCCGAUCCUGUCUGUCCUAUUGUCAAACCCGAACCACGUAGCCUGAAACCAGACGCGCCUGCGCUGAAGCCAGAUGUGACUUGUGCAAGACCAGAGGCCCCCGGCCCAAAGGCGCGCAGCUCAAGGCGGCCGUCCGACCCCAUGGGUAUCCAUGGUUACGGGUCAACAGUGCCCCCCGCUGCGGCCCGUUUGCUGGGGGACAUGACAGAGGGUCUUCCCAGUGAUAAAGCAGACGUCAUCAGCAAGAGGAAAGUUGUGAGGAAAAGGAGUCAGCAUCAAGGUCCAGAUGACAUUUACCUGGACGACAUCACUGCUCUGGAGCCAGACGUGAUGGCUCGCUACUUUCCCAAAACUGAGUGGGACUCGGCUGCUCAGCACUGGGUGGAGGUGGGCCGGCGCUCGAGCUCCCAGUCCCCGCAGUCAGUGGGCAGCGCGGCGGCCGACAGCGGGACAGACUGCCUCUCGGACUCGGCCUGUGACCUGCCCCACAUCUCCCUGUCUCUGUGCGGAGGCCUCGGCGAUGAUGCCCAGAUUAACAAAGAGAAGUUCAUGGAGCACAUCAUCACCUAUCAGGAGUUUUCUGAAAACCCAGCCCUCAUCGACAACCCCAACCUAGUGGUGCGAAUAGGCAACAGAUAUUACAACUGGACCCUAGCAGCUCCCAUGGUACUCAGCUUGCAGGCAUUUCAGAAGAGCUUACCCAAGGCUACAGAGGACGCGUGGGUGAAGGAGAGGAUGCCUAAGAAGUCUGGCCGCUGGUGGUUCUGGAGGAAGAGUUUCAAGCAGUCAGAAUCUAAGUCUGAGACAUCAGAGACGCCCAGUGGAGGAGACACAGUCCUCUCCAAAGUCAGCCCCAUCCCACCACAAAAGGUUGCCGACAUUUCCAGUGAAGAGGAGACAGAACUCAGUCCACCGACCAUUACUGACCGGACGCCCUCCGAAGGCCACGCCAACACACACUCUUACAAGAAGUCCCUUCGCCUGUCCUCUGACCAAAUAGCCAGCCUGAGGUUAAGAGAGGGUCCCAACGACGUGAUGUUCAGCAUCACCACGCAGUACCAGGGCACGUGCCGAUGUGAGGGCACCAUCUACCUGUGGAACUGGGACGACAAGAUCGUCAUCUCGGACAUCGAUGGAACCAUCACCAAGUCAGAUGUGUUUGGGCAGAUUCUCCCUCAGCUGGGCAAAGACUGGACCCAUCAGGGCAUCGCAAAGCUCUACCACACCAUACACCAGAACGGCUAUAAAUUCCUGUACUGUUCUGCGCGGGCCAUUGGCAUGGCGGGCAUGACCAGGGGGUACCUGCACUGGGUCAACGACCGAGGCACCAUCCUGCCGCGCGGGCCUCUCAUGCUGUCCCCCAGCAGCCUCUUCUCAGCAUUUCACAGGGAAGUGAUUGAGAAAAAGCCUGAGAAGUUCAAGAUCGAAUGCCUCACAGAUAUCAAAAACCUUUUCCCUCCCAACGCACAGCCUUUUUAUGCGGCUUUUGGAAACAGAGCUAAUGAUGUGUUCGCCUAUAAACACGUCAUGGUGCCUCUAUGCCGCAUCUUCACCGUAAAUCCUAAAGGAGAACUCAUACAAGAGCAGAGCAAAAGCAAUAAAACAUCGUACAGCAGACUCAGUGAACUUGUGGAUCACGUGUUCCCCCUGUUAAGCAAAGAGCAGACCUCCGCCUUCUCUAAUCCAGAAUACAGCUCAUUCUGUUUCUGGAGACAACCAAUCGCAGCAGUCUGUCUAGAAGAGUUGCUCUAACCAAACAUGGCAUUAAACCCAAUCUGACUGACUGCCCAGGCUAGGCCUGAACUGGCCUGCUAGCUAUGGCAGAAAAAAGGGCACUUUCAAUAAGCUUAUUUAAAUAUUUUACAAUUAAAAGUUGUAAAUAAUUAUUUUAUUAACUUGUACAAAUAUAAGAAAUUUAAACCACAUUGGAUUGUGUUAGUACACCUACAACGACACUUUGUAGGCAAAUUCUGUAACUGCUAUUGCUGUUUAUUUGUUUGCAUGCCUUCUUAGGGGACAACAAAUUCCACGAUAAGGUCAAUACUUCUGAUGUAUUGGGUGAAUAAUACUGAAGCCUUCUGUCAGAAACUGGCAGAGGAGUAGAAGCUGCUGCUUUGCGCCUUACUGUUGGAAGCCAUUGCUCAGGGCACAGACAUGCACAGAGAAAUGAACCAGCCCCGUGACAAACUGUACGUGUUGUGUGAUCCUAUAUAUGGCUUUCCAAAUGGACAUGGUUUAAGGCAUUCCAUUGCGCUGUUGAAGAGUUGCACUGUGGCCGUGUUCACUGCACUGAAUGUUGAGCGCCUCUCCCUCUUCCCUCUGACCUGCUGUGCAGACCAGCAGAGCUUGAGUUUAGAGUGCACAAUCUAUCACUCUGAUUUCCAGUAGUCAUUUCAUGUAUGGAAAAUAUUGAUAUUUCUUGAUGAUGAUGAAGAUGGAGACAUUUUCCCUAGAGCUGGAGGACUCUGAAUUAAGACUUGCCACAUAUUACCUUUAGUGUUAUUAUAGAUGUAUAGCCUACUGUCAUUGCAGUAGGCCUAUAUUUUUUCUAUAUGAAAAUAAACAAAGGUUAGGUUACAGUUUUUUAUAUAUAUUAUGUUCAGGCUAGACCAUGAUCUAGACCUUGCUGUUGUUUACUUACAGUAGAUCCUGUUUUACUUGAGUUCUUCUGAAUGCCUUUCUCUUCAACAGAACAUGCCUGUUUUGUCUGAAUGUAUGACUUGUAUGUCGUUUUCAUUAUCUCUACAGUAAAAAAAAAUAACCCAUUUCACCAGA